AUGUUGACAGAAUCAAGUGAGAUUGCAGCACCAGUGGAGAAACUAUUACAGCAGUUCUCAGAAUUAUUUCCAGAUGAACUGGGUUGCUGCAGUGAGAUUGUGGGCAUCUCUGUGCGACCAGAGGCGGAUUUGAAGGUUUUUCCAUUCCGGCGACCUCCUAUGCAUCUUCGGGCACAGAUCGAGAAGGAAUUGGAAAGGAACGUGAAAAACGGUGUAUUAGAACCAGUUAACAUCACUCUAUGUGCUUUUCCAACAGUGAACAUUGUUAAACCGAACGGUGAUAUCAGGAUAUGCGGUGAUUUUAAACCCCUCAAUCGGAUUAUGGUAGUUGAUCAAUAUCCAAUCCCUAUACCAGCAGAGAUGUUUAGUUCCCUAGCUGGGGGUAAAAUGUUCUCCAAGAUUGAUCUGAAGGAUGCUUACAACCAGUUACGGGUGGACGAGGAAAGUCAAAAGUGGCUGGUGAUUAACACGCACAAAGGACUGUUCAAAUAUAGACGAUUACCAUUUGGAAUCAGUUCAGUGCCUGCCAUUUUCCAGAGAACAAUAGCCAAAGUCUUGGAAGGCGCGAGAGGAAUUUGCAUCUAUAUGGAUGAUAUUCUUAUCUCAGGAAAAGAUGAACAAGAACACAUGCAGAAUUUGUCCCAAGUAUUUCAAAAGUUACAGCAACAUGGUUUCCGUAUUAGAAGAGACAAAUGCUCGUUCUGUCAACCAUCUGUGCAAUAUUUGGGACAUAUAAUUGACAGCUCAGGAAUCAGAGUAUCAAAUGAAAGAGUUAAUAAGGCAAUACAAUUGAUGAAAGCACCUAAAGACCAGUCAGGUUACGAUCAUUCUUAG